AUGGACCAAGGCCAUUAUUCCGCUGCACGUCAUGCCGCUGCCGCCGGUGCUGCCGUCUACUCGCCCCCGUCUGGCCACCCACACGCCUACCAACACCCACACUCACACUCACAUCCGCCCGUCAACCCUCGUUCGCCCCAGGGUCAGCCACAGUAUUACCAGAUGAAUUCUGUGAGCCCAUCCAUACCGGGUCAUUCUAUGGCAAGCCCGCGUGUUCUGCCCAACUCAGAUCUCAUGCCCGGCGCGCAAUCGCCGGGAUCAGCAACGUCCACUGCUGUCCCGGGUAAGACGGGAAUGCCCGCUGGCGCCGUCUCCCCUGGGGCAACGCCUAGCCCCGCCUCAAAACCCAUUCGGCGUCGAAUGCGCAUGAUUACGUCCUGCCUCGAAUGUCGUCGACGAAAGCUAAAGUGCAACAAGUCGCAGCCAUGCGUCAACUGCAUGAAGUUCUCGCGUGAUUGUGUCUAUCUGAGCCCCAAACUUGACGAGGCCAGCCAGUUACGCUUGACUGAAAUCAAGGAAAAAGUUGGCUCCCUGGAGCGUCAGCUGGAGCGCGAUGUCGCCAAGACCACCUCUCGCGCAGCUAAGCAACAAAGUAUUCUAGCAGACGACGUCGAGGAUGAAUUCGCCGAGGAGCGCGACCUCGAGCCUACGGAUAUGACAGCACUCGAUGUCACUUAUGACGAAGAUGCUGAUGGAACCGACGAUCUUAUCGACCUAGGGGUUCAGGUCGGCCGCAUGCGCAUUACAGAACGAAUUGGUGGUCUGUCCAGACCAAGGAUUGCUGAAGAGAUCUCUGCCGGCAUAACCGGCGGUCCUCCCGGUGCAGGACCUCCUGGACCCCCUUCAAUGGGUGGUAUGGGAGGUAUGGGAGGUAUGGGCGGAAUGAUGGGCGCAAUGGGCGGGGCCGGUCGUGGCGGCCCGCCCCGUGGUGGACCACCACCUGGGUAUCCCGGCUUCCCCGGCCCACCUCCGGGCAUGGAUGCCAUGUCCACUGUUAGCGGAGGCUCCAACAACUCACUACCCGACUUCUUGAGACCCGGCGAAUCUUACAUCCCUCCUUCCAGCGGAUUUUUCUUUGGCCACACGGCCGAGGCCCAGUCAUUCGAAUCAUUAUUACCCACGAGAGAGGCUGGAGACCGUCUCAUUCAACAGUACUUUCAAGCCGUCCAUCCCAUCGCGAGGUGUGUACAUCGUCCAACAUUCGAGGUUGACUACCAAAACUUUUGGGACGAAAUUUACAACAAUUUCGAACCGCGGCCGUCGACUCAAGCCAUCAUGUUCGCCGCAUGGUUCAGUGCUGCAGUCAGUAUGGAUGAUGGGCUGGUGUACCGACUCUUCGGCGUAAGCAAAGCAUCGUUGAUCGAUAGGCUUAAGUCGGCCACCGAAGCAGCACUUGGAAAAGCCAAUUUCCUCCGGACCACGAGAGUCGAAACUAUGCAGGCUUUCAUCAUGUACAUGCUUCCGCUUUGCAGAGCAGAGGUAUCCCGAGCCCACUCCGUUCUGGUAGGCGCUGCUGUAAGGAUGGCUGAGUGCAUGGGUCUUCACAGGGACGGAGAGACGUACGGUCUCAAUCCUCUUGACACUCAUGUCAGAAGGCUCAUCUGGCAUCAGUUGUGCUUCCUUGAUAUUCGCACAUGUGAAGCACAGGGCCCACGGCCAGCAAUUCGAAGGGAGGAUUACGACACUAAACUCCCGCUAAACUGCGAAGAGAACGAAUUGCUUGCAACAGGACCGCCUCCUCAGCCGGCCGAAUAUUGGACUUCAACUUUGCCGUCUCUAAUCCGGUUUGAAAGCAACGAAAUGAUGCGUAUCAUCUGGCUGGACCGUCGCAGGUUGGAAAGCCGUCGGACCACCCUGGCCGCAGUUCUCACGAAGAUUGAGAACUUUCGAAAGCGCAUGCUGGACAAGUAUGAGCGUUUCCUUGACGGAGACGUGCCCAUUCAACGGUACGCCAAGUUGGUGAUGCACCUGCUCCUCUACCGCCUUUAUGCCAUGGUCCUCCAUCCUUAUCACGCCAACGCCAAUAGCCCUAUGCCGCACCGUCUCAACAACAUUCUUAUCAUGUCAGGCAUUAUGAUCAUCGAAAUUUCAAUACAGCUUGAGACCGACACUCCUUUCCAUGAGUGGGCUUGGUAUCUCGGAGCGUACCAGCAGUUCCAGAUUGCCCUGCUUCUUGCUACAGAAGUAUACUACCGGCCACAGAGCCGUGAGGCUCCUCGUAUCUGGGCUUGCCUGGACUACGUUUUCCAAACGGAUCGUAACUUGCCUCCUGAGGUCAAGGGCUUGCAAAUCCUGGGCGAGAUUAUGAGCAAAACUUCUAUAUACCAGGGUAUGCGGAAGAUGCGGGCACCAACCGGAACCUCACGGGCUGCACCUAGUAAGAAUGCCGUGGGUGUCAAGAGCAGCCCGGGGCCGUCGAUGCAUCCAUCUCCCCAACAGUAUCAGCAAAACCUGCCGAUGGGUCUCAAAUCAGAACCUGGUAUCUCCAACAGUCUACAACCACCGACACCUGUCAGUGGUGCCGGCUCUCCGGGUAUGGGAUCGCCAGGAGGCCCUCCGGGGGGCCAGAUGGGUGUUCCUCCUCCCAACAUUGUCUUCGCGGGUGUUUCCAACGGAGAAGCUCUGUGGAGUGUGCAGCCAGUGACUGCCGAGAGUCCAGAGAGCAGUUGCGAUGGCGCUAGCGUUGCUGGACACAGAACAACACAGGCUCCUAUGACCAUGGUGAACUCGCUUGAGGGCGUAGACUGGGAUAUUAUCAACAGCCUUUUCCCCCACGAUCCGACGACCGGCGAACUGAAUAUCUCUGGUUUCCACGACCCUACUCUUGGGUUAAAUGGUUUCCACUGGGGACAACGAUAA